AGAAUGAGCUUAAGGUAGAUCUGUAAAAGAAGUCUAAAUUAUUUUAUUACUAUUGUUUAAAACAUUUUCAUGGAUUAUUUUAUUGUGUAUUUUUCGAGAAGAUUUUAAAUUCUAAAUAAGAAAAUAUUCAAAUAUUAAUAAUAAUUUGUAUUCAAAUAGAAAUGUUUUCUGUUAUAAUGUGAACUUUUAAAUUUAGAAAUCUAUUAGUAUUUUAAUGAAAUAUUUGUUUAUAUCCUGUAAAAGCUAUGAGUUUAACAAAUAGCAAGAAAAGUGAAUAUAUUUCAAUACAUUUGAUAAAUGGUAAAUUUUUCAUUUGGUCUCCAAAUGAUUGGUAUAUUUUGAGAUCAAAGUAUCGUAUAUUGGGUAACUUGGUUGGUUCCCUUUCAUCUACACCACGUCAAGAAGAACAAAAUGGUCUCCCUUCUUUAUUAAUGCCAGAAGAAGCUAGAAUAAUAGUUGAGAAUUCCAUUGGACGAAUAGUUAAAUAUUCAUCUAAAAUUUUUAAUAAAGAGGAAAUAAAAGUUCAGGAAGAACUUGAUAAUUUUGAAAUUAGAAAAAUAUAUGCAGAAAAUAAGGCUCAUAUGAUAAGCGAACUUGUGAAGUCAGUUAUAUUAUGUGAUGAUUAUGAUAAAAAUGGUGAAAAAAUUGUUAAGUUAAAAAGAGAAAUUUCUAAUAUUAAACCAUAUGAUGCAUCAUCUAAAGUAUUAAUUCAUUUAUUUGAUAAUGAAGGAUUAGAAGCCACAAAUGCUGAACUACCAGAAAUUAAAACAGACCAUGAAAAGUUAAGAUACAAAGUCUUUAAAGAUUUGUGGACUAAAGGAUUCUAUCUUACAUGUGGUAUUAAAUUUGGUGGAGACUUUUUAGUUUAUAAUGGAGAUCCACUUACUUACCAUGCUCAAUAUAUUGUUAACUGCAAUAAUAUGGAUUUUCAAAGUAUAAUAUGUGGAAGUAGAAUUGGUUCAAUUACAAACAAAAAAAUGGUUAUAGCUCAAAAUGUAGGCACAGAUAUUCAAUAUUCUAUUUUAUAUUUUGAGAAAUCUAAAGUUAAAACUAAAGAAACAUUACAACUUAAUAUGCAUAAUUAUUAAAAUAUUAACACUAUAGACUUUAAAAUUGUUACAUAUGUGGCCAAUUUAUUUGUAAAUUGUUAUACUUUUAAAUAUAAAUAUCAGAUUAUACCAUUUUGCUAUAAAAUAAAUCUUAAAAUGUUAGUAAAAUAAUAUAUAAACUUAUACAAAUAUUAUAAUUUUUUUACUGUAAUAUUGUUACCUUGAAUCAUAUUUACUUGAUUAAAUUCUACUAAAGAGCAAAAUAACAUAAUAUCAUUGGUUUCCUAGUGCCGGAGAAUUCUUUAAAGGGAAACUUAAGUUGCAUUACUGUCAUAGAAUUAUUAAAAAUGUCAUUUCAACUUAAUUUUUAGAAUUAUUUUGACUUAAUUUUCUUCUUAAAAGAAGAAUAUAAUUAUGACAAAGUUUUUAAAAAUUUUCUUUCUCUAAAAAAAAGAACUAUUUGUAACUUGUUAGAAUUGUUUGAAAGAGUAGUUUUCCACUAUUAAAUUUUCAUCUGAAGUCAUAUUAAUGUUAUACUCAAACUGUAUAUUUUACUAAAUACAAAAUUAAGACAAAUAUUUAUAUUUUUAAGUAAUCAGCAUAAUUUU